ACUCAAACAUUAAUCAGUAUCACCAAAUAACAAAUAUAUCAACUAAUUAGUUCAAAGAUAAAAAGGACUAAUGGCAUUUAAAGGGUAUGUCCUAUGUCUAGUUAUGAUCCUAGUGGCCAAUAUGAUGACUCAAAAUGAAGCCCAAUCAAGCUGUACUUCUACACUCACUAGCUUGAGCCCUUGUCUAAACUACAUAAUGGGGAGUUCAUCAAACCCAUCAGCUUCAUGUUGCUCACAACUUUCAACUGUAGUUCAAUCUUCUCCACAGUGUCUCUGCUCCUUGCUUAAUGGUGGUGGCUCUUCUUUUGGAAUUACCAUAAAUCAAACUCUUGCUCUGUCUCUCCCUUCUGCUUGUAAAGUUCAAACUCCACCUGUUAGUCAGUGCAAAGGUGGAAAUGGACCAAUAUCUCCUUCAAGUUCAAGUUCUCCAGUGGGGUCUCCUGUUGAUUCACCAACUGAUUCUUCAACUGAAUCACCUGAAGGCUCAAUAACACCUUCUGCUUCAAACUUUCCCUCAGCAGGAGGAGGUUCAAAAAGUGUCCCAUCAACAAACGGUGGCUCAUCUGAUGGAAGCACCAUUAAAGUCUCAUUCAACUUUGUUCUUUCUCUUCUUGCCAUUGUGUUUUGUGUUGUCACCAAGUUUUAAUUUUGUGUCCUGAGAUUUGAGCACUCAAGUUUAUAUUUAGCUUUCUUUUACCAUAGAAGAUAUAUGUAAUGUGGUUGUAUAAAUAAGGAUUAUUUAUUCAUAAGAAGAAUUUGACAUGGAGUUACUUAA